AUGUCUUGCCUUGAAGGUGGCAAGAAGAAGCCCCUAAAGCAGCUGAGGAAGCAGGCCAAGGAGAUGGGUGAGGCGGGCAAAAGGGACUUUGAAGAUGUCAUCAUGGUCAUAAACCUGAAUUAUGCAGGAGAUUUUCCUGCACGUAAGAAGGAAAUGAUCCCGGACCGAUGCAGGAGGGAGCGGAGACGUGAUGUUACGGAGGUGAGGGUAUUGGUCCAUUUUUCUGUGUCUGUGCCCUCUGUCCUAGUGAAAUACUCUGGGUACCUGGAGCACAUGGACAAGCCUUUUGAUUCGAAUUGCUUUAGGAAAACGCCCCGACUCAUGAAGCUGGGAGUGGAUAUUACCCUUUGGGGCAUGGAGCUGGGCCUUCUGACCAUGCGGAGGGGAGAGCUGGCCAGGUUUCUAUUCAAACCGCCCUAUGCCUACGGAACACUGGGCUGCCCGCCCUUGAUCCCCCCCAACUCCACUGUCUUAUUUGAGAUUGAGCUAAUUGACUUCCUGGAUUCUGCUGAAUCAGACAAGUUUUGUGCCCUGACCGCCGAGCAACAAGAUCAAUUUCCACUUCAGAAAGUCCUAAAAGUGGCAGCUACUGAACGGGAGUUUGGCAACUACCUUUUCCGCCAAAAUCGUUUCUAUGAUGCCAAAGUGAGAUAUAAACGGAUAGCUGGGAAAGGGGACAAGGUAUUUGGGGGAAGCCUGGUGUUCUGUGUCUGCUACUAA